UUAUUGUUGUGAGUGAAUUACACACCCUUAGUAGAUUGAAACGUGUUAUUCUGAACAAAGUGCUCAGUUAGAUAAGAAAAGGCUCCGUGGAAACAAGACGACGACCCACGGGGACCGAGGAAAUCUGAAUACAGGUGGUGGUCCCUGUGCCAUUUGGAAGAGACGCUUGGAAAAAUGCUGAGUACCUUGGCUCGUUUUGCCUGGCCUAUUCUGCAGAGAUGCACCUCUUCCGUGGCCUGUGAGACUGUGACGUUUUGUCGUAGACCACAGAAAUUUCCACACCCACCACCUGCUUGUCAAACAUUCAUGCAGCUUCGCGAACAGCAGACUUUGGGUUCGGCCUCCCUUUCUGUGGCCAACCAGUCUGUGAGGCAUGCCCGGGCACUGGAUGAAGAGCGGCUGGUGGAGGUUGAGUGGGAAGAUGGAGGGCAGAGCCUGUAUCCCUUCACCUGGCUGAGAGACAACUGCCAGUGCUCCCUCUGUACACUGCAAUCAGCUCAGGCCCGUAAACUACUGAUGUCCGAUCUGGACAUCCACACGGGCAUUAAUAUUGUGAAGGUUACCAAUGAUAGCAAGUUGUCCAUUGUGUGGCCCGACCAGCACACGAGUGUGUUUGACGCAGAGUGGCUAAAGAAACGUAGUUUCUCUCAUGAGGCCAGACAAGCCAUGCAAGAAGAGCUCUUCCUCAAUGAACGCUACUAUUGGGACAGCAAACUACGUAUUCCCACAGCCAACUACGUGGACGUCCUCCACGAUGACAAGGCGGCGCUAGCGUGGCUCGUGGCACUGAGGCGUGUUGGAAUCGUCUACCUGAAGGGGGCUCCGGCGGAGCAAGGGCACGUGGCAAAGCUGGCCGAGCGGAUCGGUUAUCUUAGACUGACGUUCUACGGGCAUACGUGGCAGGUUGUAGACAAGUACAUGGCAAACAAUGUGGCCUACACCUCGGGAAAUCUGAGCCUCCACACAGACUACCCGGCGUUACACUUUGCACCUGGAGUGCAGUUCCUGCACUGCAUAGGCCAGGCAGAGGAGGGUGGAGACAGCGAGGUGGUCGACGGCUUCCACGCGGCCGAGCGGCUGCGGGCAGACGACCCUGAGGCCUUCCGCACGCUGGCCUCACUCCUGGUGGACUUCACCGACACGGGGACUGACUACUGCGACUUCAUGCUGCAGUCCAAGAAGCGAAUCAUUGACCUGAAUGAGCAGGGUCAGGUCGUGAGGAUAAACUACAACAACGCCACGAGGGAUUCGGUGCUGGACCUUCCUCUUCAUCAGGUUCAGCCCUUCUACAGAGCGCUGAAGGCCUUCGUGGACAUCAUGAAGCGAGCUGAGAAUGUGGUCACCUACAAGAUGGAGCCAGGCCACAUGGUGACGUUCGACAAUUGGCGCCUGCUGCACGGCCGAAAGAGCUACAUCAGCAGACCGGACAGGGUGCGACACCUCGAGGGCGCCUACUUGGACUGGGACGAAGUCAUGUCUCGCCUUCGAAUCCUCCGAAACGCCGUCAACACGGAUGAUGCCACGUCGUGAACCCUGUUACCGUCAUGCGGUGAUAAUAAAAUCUCCAAAUUACGUUUAGGA